CUGGAUCUACUGCGCUUCGUACUUGAGACAGAGCGUUCGUUUGUCAAAGCGCAGUUACUCGAAGAAGUCAUACCACUCUGCAGCCGGACCAUCGACUUCAUAGCCGUGCCGAUCUCCAGGGCGUCCAAGAAUCCAAAUUUUGCUGCAAACAUGGACGCCAAAGCGUUCAACAACUUGGCGGAAGAGCUUGACGUCGAGAGAGUCAUGGAAUUCUUGCACUCGCUAUGUAGUGCUGCUUACCUGACUGCUGACUGCAUUGGGACUUUUUGGAGCACGCUUGACUUUGGUUUUACUUUGCAGAUGUUGGGUAAAGCACAACCUCGAAGCCAAAUUACAGCGGUGUUGCAAAUGCUGGCGACAUCGGCUGCUGAGUCCACGUUCGGCAUCAUUUCACCAGAUCCUCUCAAGCAACGCGAAGUCGAAAAGGCCAUAGUGGAACGAUUGACAAAUUUGCUAUUCGAGACUCCUGAAGCUCCCAAGGACGAAGAGCCGUAUAGCAUCGAAGAGAUGCUGGAGCUGCGCGUUGAGGUGCUCAAUGUGUUCCACAAGAUGUGCUACACCGAUCAUGGCGGAUUACUUUUAGUCCAACAGAAGAGCGCAAUAGGAAGAUUCAUCCGCUUCCUUGACGCCCAGAUGAGUCGACUGUACCAGGUCAGACCUACGGUAGGCAUGCAGCCCAGAUCUGAUGGGCGCCUCGAAUGUCACGAUCUCAUCGUCAAGUCGAUCAACAUGGUUGUGCGAAUCCUUCACCAUUUACUGCGUACCUACGAAGUGGAAGUGGUGCCAAAACUGCAUGUAGUGCAUGGUGGCUACCACAAGUUCCUCGUCAGUCUUACCCGUGUUGCCUUUAGUGAGCAAUUGGUCCUCGAAGCUGGGAUCGAAGAGGAAGUUGCUGAAGCCGCCCAUAAUAUUCUGGAUAACGUACUAGGUCCUGAAGAUGGAGAUGCCGUGAUGAAAGCUAUUGAGACGCCCAGGGGCACCAGAAGCUCGACUACAGAGAAGGCUACUACGACUGGUGGAGCCGAUAUGAGUCCAGAGGGGGAUGAUACGACCAUGAGUGAGCUGGGCUGAGGCCAGUCUUCUUCACAGACGGCAACAACAAUUUUGGACCAACCGCUCAAUCGUCUGAGUCUCAACUCGCAACCCGUCACUCCGAUAGUCCCGAAACAGAGCCGCAGACGUCAGCAGCUCUUCCGAGCUCGGACACAGUUCGCGGGGUUCGAAACCCAAAGACAUGCCAUGCUGCUGUAGAGAGUCGACGACAUCUGGGGAAGCUCUCACUUGUUGUCGGUGCCUCCUCAUUGCUGUCUUUCUACUGUUCGCGACUGAAUCUGCAAGAUGGCAGACCUUCCCAAAACCAUAGGUUGGAUCGGGCUUGGCCUGAUGGGCUAUCCCAUGGCUCGCAAUCUCGUCAAGAAAAUGAGCAGCGACACUCAUUUUCACGUCUACGACGUGGUACAGGAGAAUGUGGAUAAAUUUGUGAACGAUGGAGAGGGAAGAGCACACGCAUGCACGAGCUGCAAAGAAGUGGCAGAUAAGGAUCUAAUCCUUUCCAUGGUACCAGAAGGUGCGCACGUCAAACGAGUAUACCUCGACCCCGAAACUGGCGUCCUCCUCUCCUCCCUCAACACCAAAAUCCUGAUCGAUUGCUCCACAAUCGACACUGCCUCCUCCCUCGCCGUCCGCGAAGCCACCCUCUCCACCCACCCACAAGCCACCUUCUACGACGCCCCCGUCUCAGGCGGCGUCCUCGGCGCCGAAAAGGGCACAUUAACAUUCAUGCUCGGCUGCAGCCAAAGCGACCCUCACCUCCCUCUCCUCGACGCCCUAUUCCGUCUCAUGGGCAACCCGUCAGCCAUCUUCCCCGCCGGCGGACCCUCUCUCGGCCUCACGGCCAAACUCUGCAACAAUUACUGUUCAGGCCUCAUCGCCAUCGCCGUCUCCGAAGCCAUGAACAUCGGCAUCCGCUCCGGAAUGGACCCUCGCAUCCUCGCUAACAUCUUCCACACUUCGACCGCCCAAAGCGCUAUUUGCGACGACUGGAAUCCCGUCCCCGGUCUCUGUCCCACGGCUCCCGCGAGUCAGAAUUAUCAAGGCGGAUUUCGCGUACAACUCAUGAAGAAGGAUUUUGGACUUGCCGUCGAAAUUGCCGAGCACGUUGGUGCGACUUUGGCGCUGGGAGGUCUUGGGUUGAAGGUAUAUGAGGAAGCGAGUCGGGAUGAGAGGUAUCGGGAUUUGGAUUCGAGAGUCGUGUAUCGCUAUUUGGAUGGUGUGGAGAAGUGGAAUGAGGAGGGGAAAUUUGAGGAGCGCGUGGAGAUGAAGAGGGAUGAGACGAGGAGGUUGUUGAAGGUUGCGAGGGAGGUGGGGGAGAGGGGGACGGUGGAGAAGGCGAGGAAUAUUAUGUGAGGAGGAGGAGGAGGUUGGAGGCCUGAUGAGAGUUCUUGUUGUAGCAUCUUCACUCCUCUACCAAUCUCCGGCUGUGGCACUCAGAGAGGGCUUGUGGGGCGUAGGAGCUCUCUGCGACAAUGGAGAACGCUCAGCAUGCACAAGUAAAGAGAGAGAGAGAGAGAGAGAG